CUGAAGCCUCAGCAGAGCUCAUGUUGCUGCUCUUUAAACAGACACUCCCCCAUCUUGAGCUCACACACCUUCCGUUAGGACAGACAGGAGGACUGCAGCAGUCCUGCCACAGGCUGUCGAAAACCGGACAAACUAAGGUGGAGAGGUUGUCAGUGAGAGAAAAUCUGAGGAGGGUCUCAGAACAGAAGUCCUACAAUCCCACAUCAACAUGGGGGCCGUCAUCUCACGGUGGAGGGCUAAACCGUCCACUGUGGAGAUUUUGGAGGGAAUCGAUAAGGAUAUUCAGACUCUUGAAGAGUACAGUGAGAAGUAUCAGAAGCAGGUGAAGAUAUGGGUCUGGCGGCUGCUCCUGUACUCGACUCUUCUCUUCCUGAUCACAUGUGCAGUUGUGUAUUCCUGGUACCUGCCUGAACAGUUGAUGGGACGACUCAUACUGUCUCUUCCCUUCGUAAUAUUUCCCUUAUUAGUGUGGUUACUUCGAAAAAUGCUUAUAAUUAUUUUUUCACGAAGAACUGAAAAAAAUAAUGACAAUUUGGAGGAUCUUAAAGCACGAAAAAGGAAAAUACUUGAAGAAGUUAUGGAAACUGAGACAUAUAAACAUGCUAAAAUGAUUCUGGAGAGAUUUGAUCCUGAUUCCAAGAGGAAAAUUGAACUUGAAUCCACUCCAGUUGGACCUCAGAUGACUCCAAGACCAGGACAAGAGCUCCGCCAGCGCAAUGUCAUCCCAAAGACCCCCCCAGUGGCGAUGAAUCCUGUUAGCGGAGCUGCUGCUCGCCCUCCUCCUGCCUCUGGGCCCACCUAUCCUGGACGAUCUUCCCACUCUGCUCCAGGUGGACCCCCAGAGAGGAACCUGUCUGCUAUAGCUGCUCAGCAGAGCUUGAUGAGGAGGCCUGUGACCCCCGGAACACCUGUUCCAGGAGUCGGUAUGCACCCCCCAGGCCCGCCCCUGGCCAGACCCCUGGUCCCAAGGGAAAGAGGCGCUAUGGACAGAGUCAUUGAGUAUCUUGUUGGAGAUGGACCUCAGAACAGAUACGCUCUCAUCUGUCAGCAGUGUCUGUCCCAUAACGGCAUGGCAUUAAAAGAGGAAUUUGAAUACGUUGCCUUCCGAUGUGCGUAUUGUUAUUUCUUGAACCCUGCAAGAAGGACCAGGCCUCAAGCGCCCAGACUCCCCGAGGUCACCGGCGAACUGAGGAUGUCAUCAGAGGCACCCGUACCUCCGCCUGCUGCUGACGUAGACGACGACCAAUCGGUUUUAGGUGAUGAUGACACUCAAGCAGGUCAAACCAAGCUGGCUGAUGUCUCUGCUGAAACAGACACCCAAGAGCCAGGCACACCGACAACCACGGAGCCCAGCUCUGCGUCAGAAGGCCAGAGCACCCCAGAGUCACAAGAUCCGCCCUCUGAGAAAUCUGACGGAGAGCAAGAUGUGUCUGCCAUGGAAGUGGAAUAAAACAGUGGACAAGUGAUUUCAACACAAGUCAGGCUUGAACUUUAUUUUGUUCUUUGAGGAAAUGUGAUAACCGUUAACUUAUAAGUAAAUGCCGUGAGACGAAAUAACACAGUAACAAGUCAGCAGUCGAUGUGAUUUUUCAACUUACAGUACAGAAUGUCCUUUCUUUUGAGAAUUGCUUUUAUAGUUCUAGCAAUAGUCAUGAAUUAGAUAUUAAAUUGCAUAAUGCUAGCAUUUGGUAGCAGCCACCAAACAACCUACCUUUCCUUUAUGAUUUCAUACCCUGCCCAUUCUCAUAACAUCUUAUUCAGAGCAAUGAGGAUUAUGCUAGAUUAAUUUUGGGUUUUUUUUAUGUUUGAGUCUUUUCCCAUGUUUGUUUAUUUUCCAUAUUUUAUUUGUUUGUGACGUGAAUUUCUAACAGUAUUCUAUCUGGGUUGAUUGGAAACUGCAGAUACAAAACAAGAAAUAUUUUGUGGGGAAAAUACAUUUUUAUUUAUGGGAAAUUAUUUAUAAAUAUUUUUCUAUAAUGCUGUGCCUUUACAUGACGGUGUUGACUGGGGUACUCUGCAGCACGGCGGUGCUAACAACAUGUUUACACAGCUAUGGUACCGUAAUAGGAAUACACACACAGAAUGUAUUUAUUGCUAAAAUGGGAGGAAAGGAGAUUUAUGUCAGUACUGUGCACCUGCCCUAAGUGCCUUUUUAUAUUUGAAGUCUCUGCUUCAGAGUGUUGUCGAUAAAACCUAUUUACAUAUAGACAAUAAAGUCAUUUAACUGUUUACAGACUGUAUGUGUUUGCCGAAUGUCUAAAUUGCUGUUCUGUAUAAAUAAUACUAAAUAAACUUUUGAGAGCAACAUACAUAAA